UAGCCAUCACACAGUCAUUCAGGCACCGCCCACCGCCCACUUGCCCCAUCGACCAUCGUCGCCACUACCAAGUGCGUAUACCUUCCACACCAUCUCCCCUCACCAUUCCCAACAACAUCAAUCGUCAACCAAAUAUUGAUACAGACGAUGAAAUUCCUUGCCACUACCGCCCUCAUCGGCGCUGCGACCGCUGCUGUUGCUCCUCAGCAGCAUGUCUUCAAGAACCCGCUCCACCAAGAGCCGAUCGUUGGUGACUCCAAGGCAACGCCUUCCUGGAGCUCAUUGCUCGGUCCGCUGGCGGAGAGCAUGAAUAACAUGGGCGCUGAGGCGAAGGCCGUCUGGGACGAGGUGACGAUGAUGUUCCCCGAGCAGAUGAGCAAGGCAAACCUCCUGUCGUCUCCGAAGCCAAGCAAGAAGAGACCGGAUAGCACAUGGGACUACAUCGUGAAGGGUGCCGAUGUACAAGGUGUUAAGAUUAUGAAUGCGAAUGGCGAGGAGGAGAGGGCUAUCGAUGGCAACCUUGAAUCGUACAACCUGAGAGCUAAGCACGUUGACCCAAAGAAACUGGGCGUUGAUACUGUGAAACAGUACAGCGGUUAUUUGGAUGACGAGGAGAACGAUAAGCAUCUCUUCUACUGGUUCUUUGAGUCUCGCAAUGAUCCGGUCAACGACCCCGUCGUUCUCUGGCUCAACGGCGGCCCAGGCUGCUCAUCCCUCACUGGCCUCUUCCUUGAGCUUGGCCCAUCAUCCAUCGAUAAGGACCUUAAGCUUCACAAUAACCCAUACUCUUGGAACGCCAAUGCAUCUGUCAUCUUCCUCGACCAGCCCGUUAACGUCGGUUACUCCUACAGCGGUGGCUCUGUCAGCAACACCGUUGCCGCAGGAAAGGACGUAUAUGCACUACUCACCCUCUUCUUCCAGCAAUUCCCGCAGUAUGCGAAGCAGGACUUCCACAUCGCUGGAGAGUCAUAUGCCGGCCACUACAUCCCAGUUUUUACCUCCGAGAUUCUCUCGCACAAGAAGCGCAACAUCAACCUGAAGUCGGUUCUCAUCGGCAAUGGCUUGACUGAUGGUUUGACCCAGUACGAGUACUACAGGCCUAUGGCCUGCGGUGAUGGUGGCUGGCCAGCUGUUCUCAAGGAGAGCGAGUGCCAGUCUAUGGACAACUCCCUUGCACGCUGCCAGUCUUUGAUUGAAAGCUGCUACCAAAGCGAGAGCGUCUGGUCUUGCGUCCCUGCCAGCAUCUACUGUAACAACGCGAUGAUGGGUCCUUACCAGCGCACUGGACAGAACGUGUACGACGUGCGCAGCAAGUGUGAGGACAGCUCCAACCUGUGCUACUCUGCCCUUGGGUGGAUCUCUGAAUUCCUCAACAAGAAGGAGGUACAGGCUGAGCUUGGUGUCGAGGUCUCCUCGUACGACUCGUGCAACUUUGACAUCAACCGCAACUUCCUGUUCCAGGGUGACUGGAUGAAGCCCUUCCACCGCCUGGUCCCGAGCAUCCUCGAGCAGAUUCCAGUGCUUAUCUAUGCUGGUGACACCGACUUCAUCUGCAACUGGCUCGGUAACCGCGCCUGGACUGAUAAGCUCGAGUGGAACGGACACAAGGACUACAAGUCUGCUGAGACGAAGGAUCUAAAGAUGGGCGAGGAGAAGACAGGGACUGUUAAGUCGAGCGGGAACCUCACAUUCAUGAGGAUCUUCGCCGCUGGACACAUGGUGCCAAUGAACCAACCCGAGCCCAGCUUGGAUUUCUUCAACAGGUGGAUCGGUGGUGAGUGGUUCAACAACUAAAUUGUUGUGGACCAUAUAUAGUCGAUUGAUUUGGGUUUGGAAGGUGUUGGUGAUUUAGGAUACUUUGGACAUAACAUGAUUUGCAUUAUUUUUAAAUUACAUCGUCUGCUGCCAUUAUUUGAGUAUAGUUGAACUGUAUUGUGAGUGCUACCUCCGUCAAUAUUUAGCGCUUGUGGAACGGAUAAUCACGUGGCUACACAAUAUACUGUCAAAAAUAUAUUUACAGCAUGAUUACCAUAGUAUAACACUGUAGUUAAUCCGGAUACCGUUUUCAAGUAAACUUUGGUUUCUGACCUCGCCGGAACUGGUCUACUUGUCAUCCCCAAUGCCAUUUCAUCGAGUUAUUGCCAAUAGUCAGCGCUUACCUCUCGGGCAUAUUUUACGUGGUGCUUGAAAGAAUAGAGAAUGUAAGAAGAGUUACUACGAGCGAUUGAAGGUGCACAAAACGUUACGGAGGAACCGAGCGGUGUUGCACACGGCGGCAGGUCAGCUAAUCCCGCGGAGUUUUGGACAAUUGAUCCGUAGCCCACAAUUCCGUCUGGAGAGACAGAACCACAAUCACAUAGAACA